AUGACUAUGCAGCCACCAGAUUUCCCUGACAAGGUCGUCAUUGGCGUACUCGCUCUUCAAGGGGCAUUCAUUGAACAUAUCCACUAUCUACAGAGACUUCGGCCAGCUGGUCAUACUCUGGAGGCCAUCCCUGUUCGUACAGCCGAUGAGCUCUCGCGAUGUCACGCCCUUGUCAUUCCAGGGGGCGAAUCCACAGUCAUCUCACAUCUGGCCUCCCUGACCCCCAACCUCCUGCCCUCACUCCUUGCCUUUGCCCAAGACCCCGCCAAAGCCGUCUGGGGGACAUGCGCCGGCAUGAUCCUUAUGAGCGAGGAAGACGGUGUGGGUGGGGGCAAAAAGAAGGGUGUCAAGGGCUGGGCUGGGUUCAAGGGGCUCAAGGUGUGGCGCAACUUGUAUGGGACUCAAUUGGAAUCGUUUGAAGCCCCUCUGCCGAUCCCAGCUCUGUCCUCCCCUGCCAAGCCUUUCAACGCAAUCUUCAUUCGUGCUCCGGCCAUUCAUUCGCUCACCCCGCCUCCCGCGCUUGACGCUACCACUGAGGUUCUGGCUGCUUUACCAGACGAAUACUUGCCUUCCCCUCCACCGUCCGACUCUCCUUUGGGAGAACCGAGGAUCGAAGAUUUGGGAAAGGUCAUGGUGAGGCAAGGAAAGAAGAUGAUCACCAGUUUCCAUCCAGAGCUGAGCGGAGACGUGAGAGUGCACGAGUAUUGGGUCGAGAAGUGCGUAUUGGGAAGACAGUAG